GACACAAGACGCACGAUGUGCACCGGAAAUGUACAGCAGUACUUUCUAGAAUCUAUCGGCAGGCUAUCGCUAGCUUCUACCAAGUCUGUAUUGUCUCAUUACUCGAAUCCCGCUAGCCUCCGAGCUAACGCUACCUGCCUGGAGAUUGUUCAGUCAUGUCCAGAAUAGACUACAGCGUGUGGGACCACAUUGAGGUGUCGGACGAUGAAGAUGACAUCCACCCAAACAUCGACACACCGAGCCUCUUCAGGUGGAGACACCAGGCCCGCGUGGAGCGAAUGGAAGAAUUCCAGCAGAAAACGCAAGACCUAAACAAGGGACUCGCGGAGUGCCGUCGCAAAGUGUCUGAAGUGCAAAAGAAAAUCCAGGAGCUGAGCCUGUCGGCGGCGGACGACAACAAGGCCGACCUGAGCAAAGUGCAGGCGGAGGAGAAGAAAUUGAAGAAGGAGCAGCGCGACUUGGAGCGGAAACUUGAAGAUCACUGCCGGGAAGAGAAGAAAAUGCCGUGGAACGUGGACACACUCAGCAAAGAAGGCUUCAGCAAGAGCGUCGUCAACGUCAAACCCGAAGUGGAGGAGGAGUCCGAAGAGAACAAGGAGAAGAAGCACAAAACCUUUGUGGAAAAAUACGAGAAGCAGAUCAAACACUUUGGCAUGCUGGGGCGCUGGGGUGACAGCCAGAAAUUCUUGUCUGACAACCCUCAUCUGGUGUGCGAGGAGACAGCCAACUACCUGGUCAUUAUGUGCAUUGACCUUGAAGUGGAGGAGAAACAUGCAUUGAUGGAGCAAGUGGCUCAUCAAACCAUCAUCAUGCAGUUCAUUCUGGAGUUGGCAAAAAGCCUCAAGGUGGACCCCCGAGGUUGCUUUCGUCAGUUUUUCACCAAGAUCAAGACAUCGGAUCAGCAGUAUCAGGACGCGUUCAACGACGAGCUGGAGUCUUUCAAAGAGCGCGUACGCGGCAGGGCCAAGAUCCGCAUCGAGAAGGCCAUGAAGGAGUACGAGGAGGAGGAACGACAGAAGCGCUCGGGACCAGGAGGUCUAGAUCCUGUUGACGUGUACGAGACUUUACCAGAGGAGAUGCAGAAAUGCUUUGAUGACAAGGACAUCCAAAUGUUGCAAGAUGUUAUUAGCAAGAUGGAUCCGACGGACGCCAAACUGCACAUGAAGCGUUGCAUCGACGCCGGUCUUUGGUUGCCCAACUCCAAGCCGGACGACGGGGACGACAAGGAGGAAGACGCCGCAUACGAGGACGCUCAAGAGGAGCCGGAAGAAGCCAAGAAGGACUGACCAACAGGGAGAUCGUUUGUGUGCGCGAAUGUACUUAACCCGCUGCGAACCCACGGCAACCCCAUUAGGUGUGCGACUAGUUUGCCAUGUGAGAAAAACAAUGAGCUAGACACGCAUAUCGAGCUUACCAGAAAAGGAUUGGCUGUCACGUAACUCCUCCAUUAUUGUUAAAUCCUGCUUGGGGAAAUAACUGCAGCUUGUCUAUUGAGGUCUUUUUCUUUGACAUAACUAUGUGGACACAAAUUAUUCUGUACGUUUGAGUAUUAUUAUUGUUUACUUUAUUUUGCUCGCAAUCACAUUAGUUUUUUUUUUUUUUUUUUUUUUUUUAAAUGUAGGCUUUCAUCAAUCACUGUAAUCUGGUUGUAAUUUCCCACAGAUUAUCUAUAAAUUUUUAAAAAUUUACCCAAAUUCUGGAGCCCCUAUGUUUUAUUUUUUUAUUUUUUGCAUGUAGCAAAUAGGUUUGUAUAUUCCAUGUCACAAAAAAGGUUUCCCAUAGGAAAUAAUUGAAAGUGAAUGAAUGUGUUUCUCUUUAUUAACCAUACAGGCACUUUUAAGUGACAUUUUAUAAUCUUUUACGCUAUUUUGUCUCUCGCCGAAAUUAGCCCGUUUCAAGGGGAUAGCUCUGUCUAAUUCAAGAGCGGCAAAUAUACUGCUGGGCCAAUGGCAAGCCUGGCUUUUGUUGGCAUGAUGAUCAGGGGCGGAGCCUUGACAACUGCUGACUUGGGGAAGCAGAGUAAAAGGAUUUUCACUGGUG